UCAUUAUUUCCCGGAAAUGACGUAAGGUCUUGAUAGUCCCUUCCAGAAAAAAUGGCAGCUGUUGACAUCGACGUGCCGGUGGAAAUAGAGACCCAAAUCGGCCAUCAGGGGGACCUGGAAAGUCAGGCUGAAGGCUUCAAAGAGCAAGGAAAUGUAUUCUACAGCAAGAAAGAUUACUCCGAGGCUUUCAACUAUUAUACUAAGGCCAUUGAUGCAUGCCCAAAAAAUGCCAGUUAUUAUGGCAACAGGGCAGCCACCCUCAUGAUGCUCUGUCGCUUUCGAGAGGCCCUAGAAGAUUCCCAGCAGGCUGUGCGGCUGGAUGACUGUUUUAUGAAGGGGCAUCUACGUGAGGGCAAGUGCCACCUGUCUUUAGGAAAUGCCAUGGCAGCUAGUCGCUGCUUCCAGAAAGUUCUGGAGCUAGAACCCAGCAACAGAGAAGCCCAACAGGAGAAUAAGAACACAACAACUCUACUGGAGUUGGAGCAAAUGGCAGAUGCUGGCUUUGAAAAGCGGGAUUUCAGAAAGGUGGUGUACUGCAUGGACCGUGCCUUAGCUCUGGCUUCUGCCUGCCACCGCUUCAAAAUACUCAAGGCUGAGUGUCUGGCUCUGCUGGGCCGCUAUCCAGAAGCUCAGUCUGUGGCAAGUGAUAUCCUGCGAAUGGAUUCCACAAAUGCAGAUGCACUCUAUGUGCGAGGCUUGUGUCUUUACUUUGAGGACUGCAUCGAUAAAGCUGUGCAAUUCUUUAUCCAGGCUCUGCGCAUGGCACCUGACCAUGAAAAGGCCCGUCUAGCCUGCAGGAAUGCCAAAGCCUUAAAAGCCAAGAAGGAGGAGGGCAAUGAGGCAUUCAAGAACAGCAACUAUGAAGCGGCCUACCAGCUGUAUACAGAGGCAUUGAUGAUAGAUCCCAAUAACAUCAAGACCAACGCUAAACUCUACUGCAACAGGGCCACAGCGGGAGCAAAGCUGAAGAAACUUAAACAAGCCAUUGAAGACUGCACAAAUGCAAUCAAACUAGAUGAUACGUACAUCAAAGCCUACUUACGAAGAGCCCAGUGUUACAUGGACACAGAGCAGUAUGAGGAGGCUGUACGAGAUUAUGAAAAAGUCUACCAGACAGAAAAAACAUCAGAUCACAAGCAUCGGCUGAAGACAGCACAGCUGGAGUUGAAGAAGAGCAAGAGGAAAGAUUAUUAUAAGGUGCUUGGGGUCGGCAAGAACGCCACGGAGGAUGAGAUAAAGAAAGCCUAUCGCAAACGAGCCCUUAUGCACCACCCAGACCGCCACAGUGCAGCGACUCCAGAGGUGCAAAAGGAGGAGGAAAAGAAAUUCAAGGAAGUGGGUGAGGCAUUCACUGUGCUCUCUGACCCAAAGAAGAAGGUCCGAUACGACAAUGGACAUGACCUGGAAGAUGACCACGGCUUUGAUGGCGGAGAUUUUGAUGCAAACAACAUCUUCAGGGCUUUCUUUGGUGGCCAUGGUGGGGGAUUUACUUUCGAUUCCAGUCCUGACUCGCAGCCCGGAAACUUCUUUUUUCAGUUUGGCUAAAGUGAAGAGGCAUGUAGAAAGUAGAGGCAAAAUAGAGCCCUGCACUGGACAAAAUCAAGUUGGACCAACGGUCAUCUCCUGAUGCUUACACUCCUAAGUGUUGUGCAGAAUCUCCCAAUAAUUCUUUAUACAGAGAUGUUUUUAUUAUUGCAUCACUCCUGAUGCUACGUUCAUGCUAACACACAUUGGGAAGGAUUGUUCAGAGGUUUUAGUUAUGAAUUAACAUUGUAAAUAAAUAAGUACACAAGGCAUUUUUGAGUAGGCUUUGAUCAACUGAAGAAAACAUAUCACUAUUGCCAAAAUCAAAGUACUAAAUGAAAUAUUGUAAAACUGCUUGACCUUCAUAGAGGUGAUCAGUGUACUGUAAGAGAUACAUUGGAAAUGUAUGGUUAAUUAUUUGGAGUCUUCAUUACAUGGUGUACAUUUUUAAGGUUCUCCUGGGACAGUAUGUCUCGACAGAUAAAGAGCAUGUGUACUGUGAAAGUUCUUUGUCAAAACUGACCUCAGGACAGCCU